AUGAGCGAUUGGUGGCUGAACGGCUUCCUCUACCCCGAGCCGGUUAUACCGUCUGACUUUUCACCAUCUUUUUGGAUCCUCCACGCCCUCACGACGGUGACACCGCAACGCUUCGAGCAACUCCUGCGCGCCUGCGAGAUCGACGAACAAGCGCGCGCCAACCUUUUGGCUUAUCUCACGCACAACAACCUCGCGUUUCAGCCAUGGGUGGAGGCACGCCUGGAGGCGAUACUAUCGCCCGUAACACGUCUGCCACCGGAGAUUCUGAUCGAGAUCUUCAGGCUCGUCGCCGAGCUUGCUCCUCCGUGGUGCGCUUUCCCCGAGGAGGACGAGGACGAGGACGAGGUCCACUGCAUGGGAUGGAUCAGUCUCAGCCAAGUCAAUCGUCGAUGGAGAUACCUCUGCCUGAGCAUGGCCGACCUAUGGGCAUUACAUAUCACUCUCCAUCCGGACGUCACAGCGCUCUUCCUGGAACGCGCGGGGCAUGGCGCUCCGUUGACCAUCCAGGUCGAACGGAACAACCCUCUGGCGUUCGACGCGGACUUUGCUUGUCUCGUGUCGACCAAGCUCAUCGAACGUCUGACAAGGUUGGUUUGGUGCACUCCUGAUGCGCCGAUCGUGCGAAUGUUACUCGAUGCUCUCCAACGCGAAUCAGCCCUGUCGUCGCUGAAUUUUCUCCACGUCGAGAAACUAGGUGACCGGGAAGAUGAUCUAUUUCGCCAGAUCUACGGCGUUGGCCCCAUUGACCUCCCAAACGCAACCAACAUCGGCUUUCAAGAUUGCUUCAUCCCCUUCAACGCCCCUCGGCUGGUCAGUCUCGACCUCUCCAUGCUACAGAUCUCGUGCGCCCAUCUCUUCGAUUCCCUGCGGAGAUGUCCAGCAUUGAAGUGGCUGGAGCUCGAGGGGUGUAUUUUCAGUGGAGAUCUCACCGAUACGAGUUGUGCGGUCGUCUCGCUACCGAACCUCCGAUCCUUCACUUUCACCGGGUUUGCGGACGAGGACACGCCACUUGGCAUCUACAGCUACAUCAUAGCGCAUUUGCUCUUACCCGCCUCGGCCUUCUUGUUCAUCAACUUGAACGACCAGCCCGGCGACCCAGAGGAGUUCGACCACUUCGUGCCCGCCGUACGAUCAAUCUGGCGCGAGGACCCGCCUUCAGGGCUGUGGAUCCUUCGCUGCAGCCGUCCCGACGGCGCGACCUUCGAGUUCUUCUCCGGUAUAUCGCACGAUCACGCGAAGCCGCGCUACGAACAUCCGGCCGAAGACUUUUGGAAAUCUAAGCGCCGCGCUCAGUUUCGUAUUAGGGGCUCGGCGAAUAACCUCGCGCGGGCAAUUCAUACGCGGUUGGAUAUACGCGCGGAGCUGGCUGCGAUCCAGUACCUCUCGGCCGAGAUGGGCGCGUUCGACUUGGAGGGGUGGGUCCGUAUGUUUCAAGCUCUGCCCAACCUACGAACGCUCCAGUUGAUUCGCCGCGUUGGUAAUGAGAACGAUGAGGCGACGGGUGCCGCUCGACCGGCUGGCUCUGUGGACGUCUUCACCGCAUUCGCGUCGCCCCCCGCAAUCGCCGUUGCUUCGGCGCAUGGCACCUCAAAUACUCCAUCACCUGCCCCUGCUGCCCCACCCCUUCCACGCCUCGACACUCUCUGGCUUACGAAGUACGGGGACGAGCGUGGUAUACACGAUCGGCUCAUCCUCAAGCAUUUGACCGCGGCCGUCAGGAAACGCGCCGAGCUCCGCGCGCCGGCUUUGACGAGUCUGAGGCUGGACUUUGUCGAUGAGCCUAAAGAGGAGGAAGGGGAGGCGGGAAGAUGGGGGGAUAAGUGCGUGUUGAGUCGGUUGGUUGAAAGUGUUAGGUGGAGGGGCGUUGGUGGUAUACAAAGUUAG